GCUCCUCAUAGUUGUUUUAAUGGGCUCCAGUCUCUUCACAGUAAUGGUGAAGGUGAAGAUGAAUCACUUUUGCACAUGUUGUGUUAAAUAUUUGUGUUUUUUACCAGGUGCUCCAGAAUUAGGAGAACCUUAUUGUGUCAGUGGCUAUUGUGUUCAACUCAGUAAAUAUGACGUUACUGCAGAGGCUGGACUGUGUGCAGUCAUACACUGCUCUUUUGAAACCCCUUCAAACUUUUCUCCCGACAGUCUGGUCUGGUACAAAUGUGAGUCUCGCAGAUGUAGUGAGUCUGAUAUAAUAUUCCACUCGAGAAACAAAGAGAAGAUCCAGUCCAGUUUUUCUGAGCGAGUGUCACUGUUGGAACCAGAUCUAUAUUAUAGAAACUGCAGCAUCAUCAUCAAUGACCUGGACCCCUCUGACUCUGGCUCAUAUCAGCUCAGAGUCAAUAGUUACUAUAAUGGAUGGACAUUCAGCCCUAAAGCCAAACUCUCUGUCACAUCUCUGCAGCAGAAGCCCACAAUACAGGCUCCUCCUCUCACAGAGGGACAGAACGCCUCUCUCACCUGCACCGCUCCUGGACUCUGCUCUGGAUCUGAGCCCAUCAUCACAUGGACAUGGAGAGGAGAGGGACAGAAGGGCCCGCCGAACAUCACCACAGCAACCACUCCAAGACUGACAGCUGUCAGUCACAGACACAGCUCCACUCUGGAGCUGAGUCCUUCAGCCGAGCUUCACAGAGCUGAGCUCACCUGUACUGUCACUUUUAAUAACAAGCACUCGACACAGGACACUGUCAGGCUCAAUGUUACAUACGUGAGGGACCCUGUUCUUGUUGGAGACACAAAUGUGGAGGAGGGUGGUGCUCUGAAUCUGACCUGCACAGUGAACAGUUUUCCUCCGUCCAACAUCACUAUAAGAAAAGUUGGUACAAACGUUAGCAUGCAAAAUGAGCCCCUUAUAAACCAAACUGACCCUGGAUCAGCCAGUCUGGUUAUGAAUAAUGUGAGCCCAGAGGACGCGGGGACUUAUGUAUGCACAGCUCAACAUGAGCUCAAGAUGGUGACUACACACAUGGAAGUGAAAGUGUUCUACCUGAGAGAGCCUGUCCUGUGUGGAGAUAUAAGUGUGGAGGAGGGUGGUGCUCUGAAUCUGACCUGCACAGUGGACAGUUUCCCCCCUUCUACUGUCACUUUGCAAAAAGUCGGAACAGAAACUAUUGUUCAAAACCAAACCAUCAUAGACCGACCGAACACUGAAGGCAUCACUCUUGUUCUUAAUAAUGUGACCCAGGAAGAUGUGGGGCGAUAUGUGUGCACAGCACAGAGUCGAAACAAGACUCUGACAGCACAUCUGGACGUAAAAGUGACUCGGAAGCCCCACAUCCUGAACUCCUCUGGCUGUGUGUAUAACGAGGAGGUGCUGAGCUGUGUGUGUGUGACUCGGGCCUCUCCUGCCCCCUCUGUCACAUGGACUCUGCUCCAGGACCAGUCUGAGUACUCGCUGGUUACCAUGGUGACAGGAUACACAGUCAACAGCAGCUUCGUCCUCAGAGGGACAGGCCACAACAGAACACAAGUCCAAUGUGUGAGCAGCAACAGAGCAGGGCAGGUCCAGGAGUAUUUCACACCCUCCAUCAGCUCUGACACAGCAGAGAGGCCGGGUAUGUAUUAA